AGGAUGCAGGAAAUUCUGUUGUUUACACAUGUGUCUGUAACACUGAGCCGCUGGAGCAGCCCAGCAAGCCCAGAGGACCUGAAAAGAUAAAUAUGAAUUUAGAUUCCAUCCAUCGGUUAAUUGAGGAAACACAAAUCUUCCAGAUGCAACAGUCAUCAACAAAACCGCCUUGUGACAUGGUAGCACCUGCUUCCCUGCCCAGGGACACUUGUCAUUACUGUUUGCCACUUCAGGGGCUGCAAUCACAUUCUGCUCACAACGUCUAUGCACACUCAUGCAACAGCAGUGAAUGGAAUAUCUGUGAAGAGCUUCGCCUGCGGGAACUUGAAGAAGUCAAGGCCAGAGCUGCCCAGAUGGAGAAGACCAUGCGGUGGUGGUCAGACUGCACUGCCAACUGGAGAGAAAAGUGGAGCAAAGUUCGGGCUGAAAGGAACAGCGCCAGGGAGGAGGGAAGACAGCUCAGAAUAAAAUUAGAGAUGACGAUGAAAGAAUUGAGUGCAUUGAAAAAGAAACAAAGUUUGCCACAUCAAAAGGUGUUAGAAAUCACCCAGGACCUGAAGCAUCCUGGUUUCAUAGAAGUGCCCUCUGCACGAGGAGAACGAUUUCAAAUUGGUUCACAAACAUGUAAGUCUAUCAGAGAACGUCUGGUGAAAAGAGAAUUUCCUACAAAGGACAAUACAGAUAGUAAGGAAGAAGGUUUGAUUAUUGGCCAGUUAAGAUUAAAUGAGGAGAUGAAACUCAAUCUUGACUGUCCUAAUUCAUUCAAAAAUGGUGGUUCUGAAAAUUGCACACUGAAAUCUGCAUUAAGACUGCAAGCAAUAAACCUGCCUUUGGAGAGUAAAGUGCCUGAAAUUUCAGCUUUGCAGGUGCAUCUGGAUGAGUUCCAAAAAAUUUUAUGGAAAGAAAGAGAAAUGCGCUCAUCUUUGGAAAAAGAAAUAGAACGACUGGAGUCAGCUUUGUCUGUAUGGAAAUGGAAAUAUGAAGAACUGAAAGAAUCAAAGCCAAAAAAUCUGAAAGAGUUUAACAUUAUUCCUGGUCAGCAUGAAAAUGAAAUGGAAGAAAUAUCAGGAGAUAUAAAGGAAGAAUCAAAAUCUCAAAAGAGCAAGGAUAGACUGAUCUCUGAGUUAAGAGCUGAGCUAGAGAGAUUGCAGGCUGAAAAUAUCUCGGAGUGGGACAAGAGGGAAAUACUUGAAACAGAAAAGCAAGGACUGGAAAAAGAAAAUAGAAAACUCAAGGCUCAGAUGAAAGAAAUGGAAGAGCUCCUGGAUGGGAAAAACAGAUUCAGCGCAAACUCUCAAAGUUCUGAUUUCAAGACAUCACAAAUUGAUCUGCAGGAACAAAGCAAGGUCCCUUGCUUGGUGAUGGAGCUCCAAGGACUGAUCUGAAGACUGCUGGUGAGCGAAGGGAGGAAGAAUGAUAGCAAAAGUCCACAUGCUGUGGAAAGGGUGGGGAAGGCACAAAAAAAGAAGUCAUGGGAUCUCCUAAGUUGACUUUUAAGUACUCCCCUCAAGGGAUCUGGUGGCUAUACUUAGUUUGUGUAGCUAAAAGAAUUGUCAUGUCAUGACCUUUACUAGUUGCUUUAUCCUUAGAUCCUGUUGUUCGUCUCUGACCAAAUUUUUGCACUGAAAUUAAAGUACCUUUCUGUGUUGUUUUAGGGACUUUAUCCAUCAAUUCAGAUUAUUCUUGGUGUACGCUAAUGAUGUAGCUUAGUUUCUUUAAUGAUUAAGCCGGUACCAAAUUGUUAUUUUGGAAGUUUUCUGUUAGCAUCUGCAGCAAAAUACUUGUUGAUUACUUCAGAGUAUUAUCUAAGAAUGGCUACAAUAUGUUCUCUACCUUUAUCUCUUUUUAUUCCAAACAUUGUACACUAUCAUCAGUGUUCACCUCACCAUAGAAAUAGAGUUAUUUUUAUUGGGAUACAACCUGAAAAUAAAUCUCAUCUUCAAGUAGAAUAUGGAGAGGAUGGUACUUAUGUCAGAAUAUGUCCCACCAUUUUAUUUGCCAUAUGCAUACUAUAGAAUUCAUAUAUAGAUAUAUAGAU